CAAUUGAGCGUUGUACUCAAAAGUUUAUAAAUACAUUUAAGCUGUUUAGCGUAAAUAUUUUAACGUAAAAUAAACAAUAUACUACUAUUAUAACUUAAAGUAUACUAUGCAUAUUUAUAAAUUAUUUAACACCGACGUUUUUUGCUAAAUAAUUAUGGGCAUGAAUACGGUUGCCUAAUUGACCAACUAGUCAUAUUGUACGCAAUGGAGAAUAUUGUGUAUGUGUGUAAAUUUAUUGUUUUUCGAACAAGAAAUUAAUGCUCAAUUAAUCGCUAAAUGAACUUAUUUGAGCAAGGAAGUCGGUACUAUCACUCGAGAGUUCAUGUGCGUUUGAUAAACGGGCGCGGUGCAAUGUGGGACACUCAAGAUGAGAAACGUAGACCCGACGUCAAUCAAAACAAAUUUAAGAAACGAUCAAUUUCGUGCAAUAACUGACAAAUUCGCAUUAUAAGCCGAGUCUCCGCAAUUAUUUCUAAUGGUGCUACGAGAAAAAGAACACAAGAUGGCUUCUGAACAGCCAGUAAAGAAGAAGCUUAGGAGAGAUGAUGAAGAUCACAAUGCUGAUGAGCCUGAUUUCAUUCAACCAAAUGGAAUGCAUACAGAUUUGUCUUCAUUGCAGUUGUCUUUACCUGCAAAUGUAAAUGAAGAAGAUAUCAACUCCAUUAAUGAAUUGAAAUCACCUGACCUGUAUUACCAUCCACCACCAAUACUUCAUUAUGGGUCAGAGCUAAUAAUGCCCAAUCCCAGUGAACACCUUCCAGUGAUAGAAGAACGAAUCACGCGACCGCCUCUACAAACCAGCUAUGAACGUCAGGAUGUGUUUCAGGAUUACUUAAUAAAACAGUGUUUAUGUGGAAUAUCGGAAGCAACGCUCCGAGAAUCGUUUGAAGGACAGGUCGUGAAUGACGCGCACGGUGUGCAAAGAACGGCGAUGUUAACAGAGUGGCCCACGACGAAGAUUCUAGGAUUUUUAUCAAAACUGCAGUUGCUAUUUGAUGUCUAUUUAAAACAGAACAAUAAAGGUCACAUAUGCUCGCGCAUCGUCGAUGUUUGCGACACGAUAAUUCGAAACGAGUACAAUCUCAUUGAGCAGAUCAUUAGUUUGUGUGACAUACAAAACAAGUACAUCAAUUAUUUGUCUGCAAAAGUACUCAGCAGUUUUCUAAUCGUGGCGAAAACAAAUAUUAACAACGAGUGGCUGGAAACAAUAAUUAAUUUUCUAGCGUUGGAGAAUAUUGACUAUGCAAAAACGAAUUUUGCAUUGGAAAUUAUCAAGCGCGUGGUGGAAUGGAAAGAUAUUGAGAUUCAUGUAUUAGAGGAGAGCCAAGGUGCCGGUAGCAGUACACAAGAAGAUUGCAAUACUAUUCCAUUCACGGAUCCAGACAGUUACGACACAUCUGCCAUCAAAGAUUUAAUCAUCAAAAGCUUGGAGAGUAGAUGGCCUGAUCUAGUACAUAAAAUUAAGAAUCUUAUUGUACAAAACGAUGGAACGGAAGCACAAACAUGCGUCUUGACAUUUUUGGCUUUAUGGGAGAGUACGAUAAGCGUUAAAGCUAAUUUGAGUAUAAUGGACACCAAACCAUUCUAUGCACAUCUUGAAAUCUUCGUUGGUUUACUACAAAGUAACAUCCCGCCAAUAAUAUGGAAACAACUUCUAUCACUUUUCAAUGAGGUUCUAUGUUAUGGCAGUACUUUAGCACUGCAGGAUCUCCUCCCUGAAGACACAUGUCAAUUAGCACAUUUGAUUGUGCGAUAUGUGAAAGAUUAUCGACUCUUGGACAGUCUACCUUACAAGCGACAAGAAGGCUUCACUGUAAAUAGUUUUGUUGGAACGAUACGCACAGUUCAUCCAAACGAAACAACGACGGACAAAACUCUACUGCAGAAGAUGGUGUUGUUAGUUUUGAAAUCUGUAGCGAUCACAAUCAAAGAAACGCGUUCGGAUAGUUCCGACUCGAGUGUUGGUUCGGACGACACGGACUUUUAUCAAGAUAUGCAACUCAUCGAACGUUCAAUUCGCGAUGUACUCAAAAAAGUCGAUUAUUUCCUGAAGAACGGUUUGGAUUUUCAUCCGGAGACACCAUUUUCCAAGAUACUCAUUCAUCUGUUCAGUGAUCAAGACGAUUAUAUGAUUGAAUCGAUGGUUUGUACGCUAGAUAUCACGAUCGGCAUUAGUUAUAGAAACGCAGUUUUUCCUGAUUUGAUCAGCAUGCUGAAUCCGAUCUAUUCGUUCGUGGAAUUUCUGCACGUUGUCAGCCAAGUCGGGGUCCUCUUGGACUAUCUAGUCAGUAACGAGACGUGCUUUUUGUUGUAUCUAUUGCGAUUUCUUAAGUAUACUAAACGCAAUUGGCAAAUGUUUUUAACUAGUUGCGGAGAAUAUUCUGCGGGAUCGCGAGUUAAUGAGUUGGAUGAGACUAUGUCGGUGCUUAUACGACUGAGAAUACAAAUCAGUCGAUUGGUGGACAAAGAACUGUUUCCGUACAACAUCAGCCCUGUUCUUAGACUGUUAGAAUUAUGCGAGGGUUUGUAUGAGGGCAAUGAUUAUAGCUGAUAAUUUGAUCUGCGGGAUGAUGUUUGUACAGUUUUUAUACGAAAAAUGUACAAAUUUGCACGUUUUAACUACUUAUUCGAAAACAAUUUAUUUGAAGCUAUAAAUGAGAAGUAAUCGGUAGCUCAGUUUAAGAUUAAUUUAAAUUAAAUUAUUACUCAAGAAUAAUUAUUUAAUUUUACUAAAUAUUUUUAUACGAAAAUGUACUAAAACGUUUGUUUGCAUGAGAACGAACAAUAUUUUAUUGAUAAGUGCCUUAAUUCUAUAUGUAAAAAUCGUACGUUUACGCUUAGAGAGAUAAUCUAUAUUUAUUGAAUGUGAUUGUGAAGGAAACAAUCAGCACUACCAAGAAUCGUGCAUCAUUAGACAUGAAUUUACCAUUUAAUCACAAGAAACAAUCAACGUUGCUUUCAUGUUUAUGCAAAGCAAUUAAACACUUGCCAGAUAUAUCGUACAAAUUGAAUUAAAUAAACACGCAUCGCAAUAACAAGAGCUGAAUGACUAAGAAGGGUUUUUUGCCAAACAAUAUUUCGAUAAUUAUAACUGGAUUUAUAAUUAUUGCAUAUAUUUACUGCAGAGCAUUUGCUGUUGUUAUUGUCGGUGCUACAUUGCCAUUAUUUAAUUUAACUUUUCACAGCUAUCAAUGCAAUAUUGAAGUUAUUUAUUUAUCUCACACAUUCAUCAUUAACCAACGUUAUCUUGCAAUUUGAAAUCACAUGUAUUGUAUUUUAUUUAUUUAAACCUAGCGCUAAUGUUUUUCAUCUGUAAUUAUUUUAUGUUUACCUUUGUAUCAUCCAAUGAAGAACAGUUACCCGAAAUGAAACUUAUGAAGAAGAUAAUUUUGCAAUACUUGUGCAAAAUGUACAGACACAAAUCCUUUGCGCAAAGGAAAUGUUUUAUAAAACAAAAUUCUUCAUUUCAUUGUAAUAAUUUAUCCGAAAUCUGACGAAAUGGACAUAAUAAUUACAGUAUAUAUAAAAUAUGUAUGUAUAUGUAAUCUAUAAAUAAUUAUUCAUUUUUUGUACGUUAAAUAACAUGAAUGGUUUAAAUUUGACGGCAAAUAAAAUAAAAGAAAUAAAUGCAAUAUA